CGGAUGUUCUGGCUCGGCAUCAACAAGGAUCUCACAACAUGGUAAACCCUCGCUAUCGCUCCGCUGUCGCGUGCCAAAAUUGCCGGCGACGUAAAGUCCGCUGUACCAUCACAGUGACCGGGAUUCCGUGCGUGGGCUGUACUCAAGAUCGCGCCGAAUGCAUUGUCUCCAAACGACGAGUCAGAACUAGUCAAUCUCAGCAUCGAGGAGAUCCGCCCCGGAGCGAGACUUCACCGACUGCUGGGCUUCCGCGUAGUUCGCCGUUGAGCAGGAGGCGGAUCUCCAACUCGGCCCUUAACCCACCGACGUCACUGAACCACCAGGCGCAGAGUGUACGAUCUCCCGAAGGAUUUGAUGGCGGUUCAUUUGCAGCAGACGAUAAUGGUGGCUCGUCUGAUCUAAAUCAAAAUCAGCAAGAGGAGCGUAGUGCCGCCAACCUCAUUGUGGCUUCGUUAAAGCCUCAAGACCGAGGAGCAAGUGACAUGCCUGUUUAUACUGGAGAAUCUCCGGGGUUCUCUGCCGUAUUCGACACUCUUGUUCCAGAUCAUGCUGUUCCCCGGCAUAUUUUCCGCCCUUCCAAUCUUACCAUAUCCUUGGCCCGCCAGGAUGUUGAUUAUCUCAAUAGUAAGGGAUGUUUGACCUUGCCGGCCGAUGAAACCUGCCGUGAUCUGUUACGCGCCUACUUCUAUUAUAUACAUCCAAUCAUGCCGAUUAUAGAUGUCACGGAGUUUCCGAGCUUUAGUAAAAGUGGUCUUCAAGCGAACGAACGGAACUUGUCGUUGUUAUGGAGCAUGUUUUUCGUGGCGUCGAAUUUUAUUCCCACGGGCAGCUAUAUAGCUGCGGGGUUCUCUACCAGGAAGGAAAUGACCGAAGCUAUGUACUCGCGUGCAAAGUGCGUGUACAAUACGGUUGAUGAAGAAGAUAAGAUAGUUCGAUUGCAAACGGCGCUGCUCUUGGGGUUCUGGCACUCUGAAUUUGACAACCAUACGCAGCCUUGGUAUUGGACGGGCAUUGCAAUCAAUCUUGCUCAGAUCAUGGGCCUUCACCGUGAUCCAGAUGCGAUCAAAUACAAUGCAUCGAUUUCAGAUCGUCAGCGCUCCCUCUGGCGGCGCCUAUGGUGGUGCUGUUUCUUCCGAGAUCGCUGGCUGAGCUUGACCCUUGGGCGGCCGUUAAGGAUCAAUCUUAGUGACUGCAAUACACCGAUGCCAUCAGUCGCGGAUAUUCUGAAUGACUUAAAUGAAGUCUCAUCUGUUGUUGACAGCUUUGAUCAGCAUGAAUUACCGCAGCUAGCCGAGUGUUGGAUACUCCUGCUUAAUUUGACUAAACUCUUGGGUGAUGCUCUCUUGCUGAGUUACCAAUCUUGCGGGCCUAGCCCAACUUUUAAGAACGUCGAAGUUCUGGAGGAUGAGAUUCAACGGCUGAACAUUCCAGAGCUAUGUGAAUACAAAAAGAAUCGCCUCUUGAUGUUCGCUUUCUGCCACCUGCACCUACACUACCAGGCUUUCUUAAUUACUUUCUACCGCCCCUUUCUGACCAAAAUUCCGCAAAAUCUUCCCCUUGCCAACCGAGAUACAUGGCAAGACAUGAUACGAAGCAAAGUUGAUGCUGCAGCCUCGGCAACUAACGCCAUCCUCGAUAUCCUAGCCCGAGAGAAACUUUUCACCUUUGCUGGGCCGAUGACGCCUCCUCUAUUGGUACCUGCGAUGCAUAUACAUCUCCUUAAUUGUAAAUCAGAAGAUUUUCUUACUCGACAACUUGGGUUUAACAAGCUGGACUUCUGCAUGAUGGUCAUGAAAGAGUUGCAGAAAAUUUGGUCGGCUGCCUCGUUUUACCGAGGCAUAUUCUCAGAAGCUAUUCGGCAAUUGUGCCCCAGCAAUUCGAACAACAUAGCUGAGCCUGAGCCGCAUGUAUCAGAUCCAGCGCCGCCACUUACAGAUGACCCGUCGAUGGAAUUCAUGCUUCAUGGUGAUAUACUUGAUCAGUUUAUGAGCGAUAGUUCGUUUUUCAACUUCUGGGAAUCACUGAACAAAGAUGCUACAACAUUUGGUCCAUGACAAGUGUUUUUCUAAUAAAGAUCUGCACUGCAGACUUCUACAUAGAAAUGGAGAGGUCAUUGUCUAUUUCACUCUGAGCAACAUCCUUCUAAUCAGCUAGUUAUUCCUUCAAGUGGACUUGAAUAGAAACGACAGAGAUUUGAUGUUUUGAUUUAAGAUGAUUUUGCAUAAUAGC